AUGGAAAUAAAAUUAAAGCCAUUUGGUAUAAAAUCUGGAGAAAUAGACAAAUUUAAAUUAUCCAAUAGAUUUAUUUCUAAUAAUCAAAGUACAAAUAAUGAGAUUAUUUUAAAUAUCAACUCGUUUGAGCGUCUUAACCAGCUUGAGCAUGAUAGAUUGAUCUAUUUCGCGUGUCAUGACCCACUUGACCAACAAAAUAGAUCCCUUAUUCACGCUGUUUAUCCUAUUUUCACUUCCUUACAACGCAUACAAGAUUUAAACCAAUCAAAUCUAUCAACUUACUCAAGAUUUUCAUCUUUAUUCAAAUCCACCUUGAACCAGCACUUGGAUCAUUGCAGUCCAACCAAUCUACUCCACUCAGCUAAUGUUUACGCUAUUUGGUCCUUCUCUCAUCUCCUCUAUUUCCCUAUCGAUGGUCGUGGUGAAGGCAUCGUCGCAGAAGAAAUUCUAGAUUGGAUAAACACUAUCGAUAUAGCUCCCACAACCGAAGAAGGCUUGGAGAUUACCUCUUCAAAUACCCCUCACCUUCAUCACAACUUCUGGCCUUACAUUUACAAAUCCAUUAUUAGAGGUUUCCAUAAAACUGCAACACAGCCCCUUCACUCUUUACUCUCUCACCCAACUAAAUCCAUCAGCUCCACCGCUGAACGUCUCAUUUCCCUUUUAUACACCUUCCCUCGCUCGACCACCUACCAAUUCGAACUUGAUUACUUGGCUGCACAUAGAUCUUGGAGAGAUGAAGCUAAACGAAGCUUAUCUAGUAUCGCCGAUUUGUCUCAAUAUGCUGACGAAUUUACAAAAUACGUCUUUGAUGACAUCACCCUAGCUCUUCAACUUCUCUGUGGAAAGAAGGACAAAAUCUUCCAAGUUGCAGACGAUUGGAGGGAGUGCCUCGCUGCUUUCGGCUUGUUUGUCGUUCCUUCCCUCCGCCGUGACGAUAUCCCGAGCGUUAUUGAUGAAAUUUUCAACCAACUCCCCCUCGACACCACUCUCCCCGAUCAGUGUAUAGAAGCUGCUCUUGCUACUGCCGACACCACUAAAGCCAUCACUUUAUCCAACGAAUUCGAUCCAUGGCUUGUUGCACACUUGACUGAUCUGCUCGACAAAAUUGGCGCUGUCGAUCACGAUCCACAAUUCCCACUAUCUCUCAGACAGCACUUCCUACUUCAAUACGCAGAUAAACUCGCAUCGGACCCUGGACUAUGGACUAUAACACUCGACUACUACGCCCAAUGUGGAGUCGAAGGCGCAAGUCGAGUGAGAGCGUUGAUAGUGCGUGUACCUCUCCAGCUCGAUGCGCGCAGCGAUCGCGACAACAAGAUGGACGCUGACAAUGUCUUUGAUAUUUCAACCGACUUGCCCAACUUAACGAGAGUAGAGGAGAUACUGUCCAUCUGCCAAGAGUACGCUCUCGAAGAAGAAGCGUCGGAGGUUUGCAGGAACACGGCUGAGCAGUUGCUCGACAGAGGGUUCUAUGGGCUCGCCGUAGCUUUCUGCAUCAGAGCGAAAGAGGCGCGCAAGCUCGGUCGUAUCACUGACCUCAUCCUCGAGGAAUACAUCACUCAUGGCCAGACAGUCUUCAGCAAUCUCGUCAACACUAUCCCGACAUCCCUCCUCAACGUGACGACGUCGUCUGCUGGUGGAAUUGCCGAUGGUGGAGAUAGUGGCGAUAUGGGCAGCUUGGAAAUAGAGAAUGAUGGCACUCAGGAUGCUUCGGCUCGCGCUCUAGCCAGAGAUCCUGCCGUUUCAUCGCGAUUGGCUUUCCUAGCGCGCUACAAAGAGUUCCAUAGUCACCUGAAAACUAAUAAUAGAGAAAACGCGGCUGUUUUACUUGUUGAGAUGCUUUCCACUGAGAUGGCUCCAAGACGUUUCUGGAGUGUUUUGUUGGCUGACGCACUCCCACUGCUAGAAUACUCUGAAAUACUCUUCACUACGGAAGAAGCGUAUGAGUUAUUGAGGAUAUUGGAGGACGUGCAUACUGGCGUGCGCGCUAACAGCGAGAGAGAAUAUUUAGAUCCAUUGGCUCGUCUGCUUGCUAAAGAUGGCACACCAUCGUACCAUCGCGCAUUAUCUGAGUUGGAAGUCGUUAGGCUAGCACUGGCGAGAUACAUAGCCAAAUGCUGUGUAUUGGUUGAAUAG